UAAGGAUGAGUGUCAUUUUAUGUUCUUUUCCCUCUUAGUGCUUCAUAAGAGUAUUCUUGUUUUUGCCUUUGGCUUGUUAUAAAAUCAUGUUUGCCUGAUUUUCAGUUUCCUGAGACCCUUCAAGGGUCUGUUGCAUUAUAAAAACUGAAUUUGGGAGGUUCAAAAUAAGCAUCACUUGUGGUUUUUGCCAGCUUUGGAGCACAAAAGAAAGUGAGGCAUGGCAUUGAGGCGUUUCUUUGGAUUCUCUGAUGGCGAGUUGAUGAGAUCAGACGCAAAACCUUGUUCCAAGUUAGUGACACAAACUGCUCGGAUAUUUACUGUUGGAGGAGCAUUAGGUUUUUGGAUUCUCUGCCGCUUGCAUUAUGGCCCUAGAAUCACAGUUCCUCGGAGUCUAAGGUGGGCAGCUUGUGGAGCUGUCUCUGUAAGCUCAACCACAGCUUUACUGGUUCGCUUAUUCAGUCCAGAAUGUGAACCCCAAAAUAUUACUGCUUAUGACAAGAAAAAAUUGUGA